AUGUUUUCGUUUGUUCUCCUGCUUUGUGUAGCGUUGGCAAACGCCUAUUCAGACCCGGGGGCCUGCUCGGGAUCCUGCUGGGCCCAUGACCCCAAUGUCAUCCAGCGCAAGUCUGACGGCACAUUCUUUCGCUUUUCGACCGGGCUAGGCAUUCACAUCUCAUCUGCCAGCUCCAUUGCUGGUCCCUGGACCGAUCUCGGGGUCGCCCUGGCAGACGGAUCGGAUGUUCCAGUGGGGAAUGCUUCCAACCUCUGGGCUCCGGACGUGCACUAUGUUGAUGGCACCUACUACAUGUACUAUGCCAGCUCCACGCUUGGCAGCCAGGAUUCCACCAUCGGAGUUGCCAGCUCCACCACCCUGGAAGUGGGCUCCUGGACGGACCAUGGCGAGAUUGGCGUCACCUCGUCUUCGUCCACCCCGUACAAUGCCAUUGACCCCAACUGGAUCACCAUUGGCAGCACCCCCUACCUCCAAUUCGGCUCCUACUGGGAUGGCAUCUACCAGGUGGAGAUGACCGACUCCCUGACGAGCAGCGGCAGCACGCCCACCAACUUGGCCUACAACGCAUCGGGAAACCACGCCAUCGAGGCUGCGUUCAUGUUUGAGCGCGGAGGUUACUACUACCUGACCUUCUCGUCCGGUCAGGCUCAGAAUUACAUUUCCAACCCGCCCGCUCAGGGAGAUGAGUACCGAAUUGUUGUGUGCCGAUCCCGGACGGGAACGGGCGACUUUGUCGACCAAGACGGUGUUGCAUGCACCAACAGCGGCGGAACUACCGUUCUGGCCAGCCACGACUACGUCUUCGGGCCUGGUGGACAGGGUGUUUUGAACGAUACGACCUAUGGUCUCGUCGUCUACUACCACUACGCCAACAAGAACAUUGGCCUGACCGUGGAUGACUACCAAUUCGGCUGGAACCAGCUCACCUGGACUAAUGGUUGGCCGGUGGUUGCCUGA